UACAUUAAACCACUGGACUCUUCUUCGUUGAUUGAAGAAACCUUAUAUGUUAUACUAAUCAAUAAUUUAAAUAUAGAAAUACAUCUAUUGGACUAUGUGUGUUCAUCACCAGGUUUCCUUUGCGAAUGUUGGGAAAUAUUAAGAGACUUAAAAACACAAAUUGUAUGCAAUUAUGUAGUUUUUCGUUACAAAAAAAUAAAAUAAAUCAAGGUAAAACAAAGAACCAUACACGCUAGCACGUGUAUACACACAAACACGUAGAUUUGCCUUUAACUCCUGUACACACACGUACAUAUAUUUGUGUAUGUAAAUAUAUGUGCGUAUGCAUUUACAUUUCACAGAAUUUUCUAUUAUUAAUAAAACAUACAAUAAAACUUAUGCAAAACAGAUCAGAGCUGGCAAUGUACCGAUAAACAUUUAAUUUCUGACUAGAGAGUGCAUUUGUUUGUCUUAAAAGGCUGACUGACAGACAAGUGAACAGACCAAUCACAUCCCCCAUGUUUUCAGCUGGGUCACAGACACUGACCUCGGUGAGAAAUGUAUUGGAUAGCAAACACAGAAAAAGACCAUUCAAGUCCAAGUUUUCAUGCAGUUUUCUUUUUAUUUACAUAAAUUAUAGUAUGCAAAGUCAAAAAUUACUCACACAUGCGCCAGCUUGAUCGGAUUAAAAGAUUCUCUUUUCAUUUUAAACGGCAUAGUGAAUUUGUUUUAGCCUGUGCCAUAUUACCUUUUCGCUGUUUUGAAUGUACUGAAUUGGGCUAAAUUUGUAAAUCAUAUUUCAAGUUGUAAGAGGUAAUCUGGAAGAAAUAAUAAUAAAAAAGAUCGGUCUGAUAAAAAAAAAAUCAGGCUUUACAUGUUACACUUUAUAUAUUAUGCAUAUGCCAUAACUUAUAUGAGUUAAAAUAAACACAUUUGCUAAAAUUCUGGCCAGUAACAAUAGGAAUGAAUUGACCGUAUAAUGUAUUGCAUUUUAUUCAUUCCGGGUAAUUUUAAGUUUUCUGCAGUCGACGUUUAAGCCGUUUUAAGCCAUUUUUUCCAAAUAGAUAAUGAACAAGUAAAUGCGUUUCUUGUACACCAAAAAUAUACAAUACGACUAAAAAUAAUUUAAAUGUUUAGACCCUAAAAAAGAUCUAAUUCCACGUUUAUUUCAUAUUAAUUUUAAAACACAAUGCCACUUUCCUAAGUCAAAAAAUAAAUAAAAUUAAAAUGAGGGGAAAAACUAAAGCAAUUGUUUCAGCUUGGAGAUACUAAAUAAGACCAUAGUUUCUCUUGUGUAUUUCAUAUUAAUUUUACCAUAAAAGAUGUGAAUUUCCUAAGCCAGAAAUUCACAAUGAAAAAACAAUAGGUGCCAUUUUACAAAACGAAUGAAAAUAACAAUUCAUGAAAAAAAUAUUUAACAGAUCUAACAUACACAAUCCACAUAAUUUAAGUUGCAAUCAUGCGACAAAAAAAAAAACAAUUAAUACGUAGUAUUGUGUGUCGUGACAGACAAAUAUACGCAUACCUACUUCAAUAAAAUUGCAUGAGCACUUUUAAAAACAAAGGCUACAUUUACUGUCGCAAAAACGUGUAGAAUUAGCCAUAAUUUAUAUUGACUAAGCUUGUAAAAUUAGCCUUUGACUUCCGUAAAGUGUUUAGUUUAGUUUACUUGCCUCUUUUCUUUUGCAGACACAUAAGCCACGUAACAGUAUAUCUGAAGCAUGCGACUGUUCUUUGUUCUGCUGUUGGCUUCCUUGUUCUCAAUACACGGCUAGAUGGCGCCAUUGCUCCAUGCUGCACCACAUAAAUUCAACAACUUGACCCCAGUGACGUCAAGACGGUCUGGCGCAUCAAGGCCACUUUCAAAACCUUAUUGGUCUGAAAAUCACAUGACAAAACGCCUUGAAUCCAUAAUUAUGUUGCUGAUAUUUUUCGCCCCCCCAAAAGAUGUCAGCGUCCUACUGUCCUUAUCCUCUUCGGCAUAAAGGAGAUUGUUUUGAAUCAAAAGAAAAGCAAGACAAGUAGCAAAAUGUCAUGCCCGAACAACGUGGCAGCCAACGCAUUCCUGAUGGACUCGCUGGUGGGAGGAACAUCUCCUUUCAGAGGUGAGAGCUAUUCCUCUAACUCUGGAAUGUAUAUGCAAACGUCUGCAGAAUAUGGUUGCUCCAUGAUGGGUAGUUUUGGCAUUGUUGGCACCCCUCUCUCCAAACGGGAUGACCUGCAACCGAGUGGGAUGCAUCUCGGCAGCUACCAGCACUCACAUUACCUGUCGCAGCGGGACACUUGGAUCGCAGGCUCUAAAACUUACAGAGGCUCGCAACCUGUUGCCCAACCUUUGCACCCAUGCUCUUUUCCAGCCAGCAAUGUAAAAGAGGAAGCGAUUCCUUGUCUUUAUCAGCCUGAUAUCGACAGCGCCAAGGAGUCCGGCGAGAAAUCCACCUACAUCCGUCUGGGAGACAAUAACAGCCACCCGAAUCAAAGCGCUGUCUCCACCCCCGAUUAUUUCCGACGGAGCCAGGUGUACGCCAGUGAAAGGGGCCACCACGGAGAUGAGUUCGGCUCGGACUUUAAUCCAAUACCCAGAAUAUCCACGCCUGUUGAGGCACUAGCGUCAGAUUCAUGUGUCAAAAGCAGCAAAGCAAGGCAGCACCCAGAAGACAAGGGAGGGAAUACGCAGGAAGACGACAUGGAUCAGAGACAGACUAGAAAAGAGGAGAGUGUGUCAAAAACAGAGAGUUGUACUGAUGAUUCCGAAAGCGAAUUAAAAGAUGAGUCUAAAUUGGAAAAAGCAACGGGGAACUGGCUAAAAGCGAAAAGUGGUCGAAAGAAGAGGUGUCCGUACACAAAGCAUCAAACACUUGAGCUGGAGAAGGAGUUCUUGUUCAACAUGUACUUGACUCGAGAGCGCCGUCUGGAGAUCAGCAAGAGUAUCAACCUCACAGACAGACAGGUCAAGAUCUGGUUCCAAAACAGACGGAUGAAGCUAAAGAAGCUCAACAGAGAAAGUCGCGUCCGAGAGCUAACAGGCUAUAGCUUUAACUGAGAGCUUGAAAACAGACAAAAAUGAAAUAUGAAAUUACACACUCUCUCUUUCCUCACGUCUAGCCACUAUAUAUUUUUUAUUCACACCUCCCCCUCAUUUGUGUUUAGUUUUUUUAACUCAACUUACAAUACAUUUCAAUACAGACUUACAAAUUUAUAAAAUAGCAAAGCACUGGCUCAUGACUUUCAUUGCAAAGGGACUGGUACACCCUGCAAACGAUAUUGCAAAUAGUUUACAUCCAGGCCUAAUUUAUCACUGUUGAACAGACAAGAACAAUAAUUGUAAAUAUACCUAUAGCGGAAGAAAAUGAUGCUUGGUGCACAUAUUCGUGGAAGAUUUGUAAUAUUAAAAGUCCUUUACUCAGAAUAUACGAACGAGAUGUCUAUUCGAUGUCUUAGGUUAGUUUGUUUGCUGUCAGUGCGCUUGUCAUACACAAUGCGCGCUCUGUAUUUUGCAUGCUCUGUUGUUGACGUGUAUUUGUCAAUUUGAUGUUUAACUCGAGAGGCUAAUAAAUAAAACAGGGGAUUGGAAAA